AGCUCCCGGUCUGAAAAGAUUUGGAUCCGAUGGACAGGGCUAAAGGCACUCGAUAUGCCUCGGUCGACUCCGUACCUCAUGAGGGAAUCAUCCGAGGAUUGCCGAAUGCAAAAGAACUGAUGAUGUCAUAAUGAAUGUGACGUAUCAUUUUAUCAACUGAAUAGAUUUUGUAGUGACCGAUUAUAGCCUAAUGUAAAGCCACUAUACCACAGUAUAAGGUUUGUAGGGGAGCGUGGAAUCAUGAAAACGAACGGCUAUAGCAGAAGCAUCACUCCAUCAGAUUCGCCAUUGUCUACCGCGUCAAUGACACCCGGCAGCGUUUUCUGUUAUGGGUCAUCUUUUGGAUGUCUGUCCAUAACGCCAUUAGAAGCAACAGACCAAAGUUUUAGUUAUGUAUUAACUCCUCUCCAUUCACCGAGACCCGAAACCCCGAGGCCUUCAUCAAAUACAGCCAGGAAGCUCAAGUAUUCACCCACGUCAUCUAUUGGUACUAUUCCAGAGGAUUGUAUAAAAACUCCAUCACAGGGAAAUUCUCUUGUAUCAAACAAUAAAAGCUCAGUGAUUGAAGGCAUUGAAGAGCCUUCCUCUCCGCAAUCUCUUCUAAUUAAAAAUAGCACACACAUAGGGCCAUCAGGAUCUACUGAAAAUGAUCUGGAAAUUAUUGGAUAUAAAAUCCCAGUUCCAUCCCCGGCAGAUUCAAAUGGAAGUGAGACAUGGUACCCUGGCCUUGCAAGCUCCAUUCUAAACAUAGAACAAGGGGAAGGCCAUCAUGGCUGUCAAUCCUCUGAUUGUGGACUGCAACCAAUACCUGUUGAUCAUGUGACCCAAAGAGUCGAUCAAAUGAUAUGUCAAAAUGUUGUAGAUGUUUUGAAAGUUAAACAGCAAAAAUCAAUGCAGCUCAUGAAUAAAGAAAGAAGAAAAAUCCUGGAAUCUGGCAGUGAACAGUUUUGUGAACCAAUCAUUAAAGACAAAAAGACCAAGAGGAAAUAUAAGGCAGAUAAGCGGGCCAAAAAAGACGUGGUGGAGCUCCCACCUGUACUUCAUCAGAGGAAAAAAUUCUUUGUCCUGGAAGGAAAAAAGCCACACAAACUGGGCACUGUUCCCAAAAUCUCUCCAAAGGAUGAAGAAUUUCUCUCCAAGAUGGAGUUUCAAAUAGGAAUGAAAAGCAAGUUACCCUCUAUCAGCCCUGAUAUUUGAAAUUCAGUGUAUCAGUAGGACUUACUAGAAUAGAGAAAGAAGCUUCUUGAUUUCAUACAUGCAGUGAUAGUAUUGUCUAUGCUAUGUACAUCUUUGAAGGAUUUUUCAGCAAAAGGAUUAUGCAAAAACAAGACUGCAGAGCAGUUUUAUUUUUUUCUCCAAAAAACUACACCAGAUAAUUUUUCUGAGGUGUUUGACACACCUGCUACCUGUGUUUAAGAAUAAACUGUUUAUUCUUUUUAAUAUCAAAUGAUGUGUUCAAAAUAAAUAGAUUCAAUAAGCCAUUUCUCUCUCCCAGGUAUUUUUCCUAUUGAAAUUCACAUGUCAGAUCUUUAAACACAUUUAUAACCUGACUAACAUAAAUGGGAAGUGUGCGUACCAAAAAAAAAAGUCAAGUAGAAAACAAAUUCAAAAAUAUUUGUUUAUUGCACUGAGUUUUGGUUACAACCUGUGUAAUCAGAAAAUAAAUUCUUCCCCAUAAUACUGAUCCAUUUCAUCUGCAUAGACUUAAAAGUGGAGUAGAAUUACAAAAUACCUGUCUGCAUAUACACGUGUAUCAUCAUUCAAGAAAAAAGUUUCAUAAAUUAAAGUUUAUAUGUUUAGUUCACCAUCAAUUGAUAUCUAUGUGUGAAUGGACGGCAUUAAGAUUCAAAGUAUUCUGAAUCUUUUUUAAGCAUCAUAUUCAAAACACAAAACAAAACCACCAAUUGAUGUAAGUAAAAGCAAUAAAUAUCUUAUUAAUAAGACUAGUGGGUCAUUUAUUUAAACAAGAGGCCCAUGGGCCACAUCGCUCACCUGAGGAACAAUAGGUAUGAUAAAAUCAGCUUAAUGGAGUCAUAAUACAAACUAUCUGGACAAUGUACAAUAAUACAUGUAGAUCCUGUAUAAAUAAAAUCCAUUUUCCCCCUGGAUAUUCUUAUGUUUAUAAUCAUUAGUCCCUUUUCUAUAGUCAUAUCAUAUGUUGAGUAUGCAGUUCUCAAAAAGAUCCUUAACAAUAGUUUAUAUAUGGGAUAUAAACCUACAGCAAACUUUGAACCUUCUUGUGAGGCCAAAGAAUUGUCCUGGGGCGAAAGUCUUAACAAUUAUAAAGAAUCAUCUGGCUGAUUAGUUUCUGAGAAGAAGAUUUUUAAAGAUUUACCCUAUACAUUCCUUUGUUAAACUUUGACCCCCCAUAGUGGCCCAAACCUACCCCCCCGGGGUCAUGAUUUUCACAACAUGGAAUCUACACUACCUGAGGAUGCUUCCAUACAAGUGUCAGCUUUCCUGGCUGAUUAGUUUCUGAGAAGAAGAUUUUUAAAGAUUUACCCUAUAUAUUCCUAUGUAAAACUUCGAACCCCCCCCCCCCCCCAUUGUGGCCCCAACCUAUCCCCAGGGGUCAUGAUUUUCACAACUUAUAAUCUACACUAACUGAGGAUGCUUUCACACAAGUGUCAGCUUUGCUGGCUGAUUAGUUUCUGAGAAGAAGAUUUUUAAAGAUUAA